AUGGUUUUAGCUGAUCUAGGACGAAGAAUCAAUGCUGCUGUGGCACAAGUCACAUCUUCCACCACGAGUGUUGAAGAGGCAGACAUCGACACCAUGUUGAAGGAGAUAUCCAGAGCGUUGCUCGAAAGUGAUGUGAACAUCAAGUUGGUCUUGAAAUUGCGAGACUCCAUCAAAAAGAAAAUAGUAAACGAUAAGACCCCCGGAUUGAAUAAGAAAAAAUUGAUCCAGAAAACAGUUUUUGAUGAGUUAUGUGCAUUGGUCGAUUGCGAAGCCCAGCCUUAUAAACCAAAAAAGAAUCAAGCAAAUGUGAUAAUGUUUGUUGGGUUGCAGGGUGCUGGUAAGACAACCACUUGUACCAAAUUAGCUGUAUACUACCAGAAAAGAAAUUUCAAGGUGGGGUUAGUUUGUGCCGAUACGUUUAGAGCUGGUGCUUUUGAUCAAUUAAAACAAAAUGCAACCAAAGCCAGAAUACCCUUUUUUGGGUCGUACACUGAAACCGACCCUGUUGAGGUAGCAAGAAUUGGUGUAGAAAAAUUUAAAAAGCAAAAGUUUGAAAUUAUAAUUGUUGAUACUUCUGGUAGACAUCGUCAAGAAAAGGAAUUGUUCAAGGAAAUGGUUGAAAUCGGCGAUGCAGUCAAACCUCAGCAAACUGUUAUGGUUUUGGAUGGUUCAAUUGGUCAAUCUGCACAACAGCAAGCUCAGGCUUUCAAGGAAUCCUCGAAUUUCGGUGCUAUUAUAUUAACGAAAAUGGAUGGUGAAGCUAAAGGUGGUGGUGCGAUAUCUGCUGUUGCUGCUACCAAGACCCCGAUAAUAUUUAUCGGUACUGGUGAACACACCCAGGAUUUUGAGACUUUUUUCCCUAAACAAUUUAUUUCGAAAUUAUUGGGUAUCGGUGAUAUUCAAGGGUUAAUGGAACAUGUUAAAUCGUUAAAUUUAGAUCAAAAGGACACAAUAAAGAACUUUCAAGAGGGAAAAUUCACUUUGAAUGAUUUCCAAACGCAAAUGACUAAUAUUCUUAAAAUGGGCCCCUUGGCUCAAAUUGCUAAUAUGAUUCCAGGGAUGGGUGAUAUGAUGAACCAAAUUGGGGAAGAAGAAGCUUCUAAAAGAUUAAAAAGGAUGGUAUACAUAAUGGAUUCAAUGACGAAACAGGAAUUGGACUCAGAUGGACAGAUUUUCAUUGACGAACCUUCAAGAAUCAUUCGGGUUGCAAGAGGCUCAGGAACCACCGUCACAGAGGUCGAAAUGGUAUUAUUCCAGCAAAGAAUGAUGGCUAGAAUGGCAAAGACAAACAUGAGCAUGAUGAAUACUCAAAAGGGCAGAAACCCAAUGGCAGGUAACAGAGGCAUGAUGCCCUCACAACAGAACAUCCAAAGGGCAAUGCAGCAGAUGCAAAGUAACCCAGGCAUGAUGAACAACAUGAUGAAGAUGUUUGGAGGUGGUGCUGGAGGCAUGCCAAACAUGCAAGAAAUGAUGAAGUCCAUGGGGGGCAUGGGUGGAGCUGGAGGCAUGCCCAACCCUGCCGAUGUGAUGGGUAUGAUGAAGAAUCCCCAAAUGCAGCAGAUGAUGAAGCAAUUUGGCAUGGGUGGAAUGGGAAUGUAA